AUGUCAGAAUUCGAUAUACGAAGAGACAUGCCAUAUGACAUCAAACAGUUUUUAAAGCAAGAAUCUAACGCGUCUUUGAUGGCUGGAGGAAUUGCUGGUGCAGUUUCACGGACUGUGGUGUCACCAUUCGAAAGAGCUAAGAUCCUAUUGCAACUCCAAGGCCCCGGAUUUAAGUCAUACAACGGCAUGUUCCCCACGAUCUUCAAAAUGUACGCCGAAGAAGGCUGGAGAGGACUUUUCAGAGGUAACCUCUUGAACUGCAUUCGUAUCGUCCCUUACAGUGCUGUCCAGUACGCCGUGUUUGAAAAAUGCAAGGCCAUCAUGAUGGCCAACAAGGACGGUUCGUCUGAGCUCCAGGUGCACGAACGAUUGAUUGCCGGGUCGAUUGGUGGUAUUGCAUCGGUGGCUGCUACGUACCCUCUAGACCUCGUGCGGGCCAGAAUAACCGUGCAGACGGCAUCGUUGGCCAAACUAGCGAAGGGACGCUUGGUGAAGCCCCCAUCGGUGGUAGAAACGUUGGUCGAAGUCUACAAGCACGAGGGUGGCCUCCGCGCCCUCUACAAGGGCAUAGUACCCACCACCAUGGGAGUAGCCCCCUACGUGGCCAUCAACUUCACCCUAUACGAAAAAAUGAGGGACUACAUGGACAACUCGCCCGCAGACUAUUCAAAUCCCCUCUGGAAGCUCUCGGCCGGGGCAUUCUCCAGUUUCGUGGGUGGUGUCCUCAUCUACCCCUUGGAUUUGCUCCGUAAGCGCUACCAAGUCGCCAGCAUGGCCGGUGGUGAAUUGGGCUUCCAAUAUUCCUCCGUCGCCCGUGCAUUGAUCUCCAUUUUCACCACUGAAGGCUUCUUUGGGGCCUACAAAGGUCUCACUGCAAAUCUCUACAAAAUCGUGCCUUCUAUGGCUGUGAGCUGGCUCUGCUACGAUAAUAUCAAGGAAGAAAUUGCUAAAUGGUAG